UUACUCCUUUACCACUAUUUUAUAAUUAGGAAUGUGAUUAGAUGCUGGGCUCGUUCUGCCUUUUAUUCUGAUAAGUUUGGUCCUAAAAGUGACGAGGAGGAAUUGGAGAAUUUAGUGAAGUGGAGUAGUCUGGAUGCAUUAUUUGAUAUUGAAGCAUGUAUAAAGGGCAGACUCAAUGAAUACGCCAUUGCCUAUAAAGAUUGA